UCUAAGUUACCGCCGGCAUCUUGACGCAGCUUUAAAAGAAUCGUUAUCGACGCGUUAAUAUCACUAACUAAUAUUAUUGUAUUUAUGGUUUUAUGUUUCCAAAUGGAUUGCUAUAAGUUAUUCGCUUCGCCAAGAAAGGUUAUGAAAUACGAAGACUUUAUACGACGCAUUCGAAAAAGCCUAUAUUAUGGCUAUGAAACACCAGACACAGACAUGUCGGUCUCCUUACCUUUCGCGGAGUACGCGGCAGAUUUGUUUUCGGAGACUCACCGCGGCCAUUCCUUACAUCGUCUAAGUUGCGCAUCUGCUGCACAAGUGCAUGCCACGCCUUGCUCCUUAAUUAUGGCGUUGAUAUACCUAGAUCGUUUAAACGUCGUCGACUCGGGCUAUAGCUGCAGAAUCACACCACAGGAACUGUUUGUUGUGUCACUAAUGAUUUCCACAAAAUUCUAUGCGGGCCAUGACGAACGGUUCUAUCUGGAAGACUGGGCCAGUGAAGCUAGUAUGACGGAAGAUAGGCUUAAGACAGUCGAGCUCGAGUUUCUUUCCGCUAUGGGUUGGAAUAUAUACAUAUCCAAUGAGCUCUUCUUCGAUAAGUUAAAAAAUGUUGAACGUACUUUGGCUGAGCAGCAGGGACUGCGGAGAGGGUGGCUCACUUACAGUGAGCUGGUGCAUUUGCUGCCUAGCAUUGGAUGGAUGAAAUUCCUUGUAAACAGCCUAUCAGUGCUAACGCUAAGCUAUGCAGCAAGUAUAAUAACUGUAGCCGGAGCUUUUUUUAUAGCAAGCCAUGUUCCUGGCACGUUAUGGCAUCGGGAAAUGGAAACCACUUCCUCAAAGCUUACCAAAAUGACUAUAAGCAGUCAAGAAUCCGUUCCAAAUGCAAUAGAGACCACUCCAUUUAUGAAUAUCGAAGUAUAUUCAGUUUUACGUGAAACAAGUGAAGUGAAAGUUGAAUUGAUGAAUUUUGAGGAGCCAAGCUGCGCCAAGGCAAGACUGAAUAAAAUUAAAUAUAAGUACCCGCGCUAUCAAUCUGUACCUACGCUAUCAUUCAUAAGCACCUCUCCAAAACUUGAUUUAUUGCAUGCCCAAGAUGGCGCAAGGAACUGGCAUAAUAUUAAAACGCCUUACAACGACUACAAAAACAAUCGAAACCUUUCAAUAACAGUUCGAGUCCUCCAACUGGAAAAGCACAAUGCUGAAAAUGUUUCCGUUAUUUGGCAAAUAAACACCGAAGCAAUGCAGUAAUUGGCUUUGCGGCAAAAGUCAAUCGGGUGCUCGCAACUGAACUAAAAUAAUUAACAAAGCAUGGGCUUGCAAUACGAAACUGCUUUCAUAUCUUCACAGAAGAAUUAGGACCCUUAAAUGUUAAAUUAUAGCACCAAAAUAUAAAAAGAAUUUUUGUAUUUUCGGUCUUAAAAACAUUAAUAAAAAAAUUUUUAUAUGUGCCUA